UAUCGCUCUCUCUCUCUCUCUAAUUCAACCAUGGCUCUAGAAAAUGGACAGAAACCCGAGGAUAAGGCGGAGUUAGCGGCGGUGACGAAGCCGACGGACUGGACUAUUGUCGUACUGAGGGUGGUUGCGUUUUUUGCCACGGUGACUGCAACCGUUGUAAUGGCAAGCAACAAAGAAACCAAGUCCUUGGUGGUUGCCCCACCAAUAAGCGUCACUCUCACAGCCAAGUUUCAGCACAAUCCUGCAAAUGUGUACUUUGUGAUAGCUAAUGGAAUUGCAAGCCUUCAUAACGUGUUCAUGAUAGUUGUGCACUUUUUCGGAGACAAGUUCAAGGACAAGGGCCUUCAACUUGUGAUGGUAGCCGUUUUAGACAUGAUGAUUGUGGCCCUAGUAUCUUCGGGCGAUGGUGCAGCAACCUUCAUGGCAGAGCUAGGGAAGAAGGGAAACUCGCACGCAAGGUGGAACAAAAUCUGUGACAAGUUCGAGAAGUACUGCGACCGUGGCGGCGGUGCCAUCAUCUCUUCCUACAUCGGACUCCUCUUUUUGCUGGUUAUAACAGUGCUGUCCAUCAUCAAACUACUCAAAAGAAAUUAGAACUGCAUUGAUAAUAUAGUCCCUUUUACUGUGUCAAAAUGUAUUGCUUGUGUGUGCCGUGAAAUCAUCAUGUAUUUGAAUUUGAAUGAUUCUUCUGCAUCAACUUAAUAAGUGAUUCGUGUA